AUGGCGGUCCAGGCUAUGGCUGCAGUCCCACGCAGCGAUCGUCUGCAAGAGGAGCCUUCGGGCAAGAAUGCGCAGGGAUUGUUCCCGCCAGCAGCGUGUAUCUUUGUUGGCAAUCUUUCUACCAGAGUGUCCCCCGACGCAUUAGUCGAGGAGCUGGAGUUUCUCUUCAGCGAGUUUGGCCCUUGCCAUGUCAAGAUCAAACAGGACCGGAAAAAGGGCCUCCCUGGGGCGUUUGUUCAGUAUGAGCGGGUGGAGGACGCAGAGGCAGCCCUGGCGUGUGAAGAGCCAGCCUUCUGUUACGGCCGUAUGCUGAGACUCGAGAAGGCCAAAGCCCAGCGUGUUGCGUGCCUUGGACUUCGUUCUCUACAGCCCGUCACCAACCAGGACGUGGUUGACGUUAUGGCCAAUCGUGGUACCCUUGAGGACUGCACAAUUGAGUCGCAGCAGACCGGUCUGGGCAAGUGGACCGACGUAGCCAAAAUCACGUUUGCGUACGUCGAUGACUAUCGUGAUGCUAUCAAGGACUUUCACGAAGACGAAAAGUUCUACCUGCAUCCUUACGAAAUGGAGAACAAAUCCGACUCUCAUGGCUCCGCGGAAGGCUCUGCUUCCUCAACCGCGGUGAAUCAUCAACUUCCUCCACGACCCAAGCACACUUUUGGGCGUGGUGGUCAUCGCACUCGUUACUACCAUCACAACCGCAACAAUAAUUCGGAUGUCAAUGGCUACCAUCACUUUCAUCGCCAGAACUACCAGAACUUCCAGCACUACCAGAAUUUCCAGCACUACCAGAACUACGGUCAGAAUGCACAUGCCGGUUACAUGGGUGCUCGUCCUUCACCUGACAUGUGGGCUCCUCCUUUCAUGGUUCCCUUCGUGCCCGGUAGUGGCAUCUAUCCUUGGAAUGGACAUCAGCAUCCCAAUUACCAGGGACCAAUCUAUCCCGGACAUAACUACAUGCAUCCUCCAGCCAACUAUGGCUACCAAAACACAUACUGCCACCCUUAUCCACCUAACCAUGGCCAUGCCGAGAACUGGGCGCACCAUCCUCCAGCCAACUGCGGCUACCAGAAUCCAUACCACUACCCUUAUCCACCUAACCAGGCCCACGUCGAGAAUUGGGUGGGCCAUUCGCACAUGCCUCAUCGUCUAAGCCCCAACGAGUCCUGGACUGACACUGCCAACACCCCUCCGACACCACCAGACGAGAAAUCUCCCGCCACUCAGAAGCCUCUUGUCAUUGUCCGACUGCCAGAGAGCAACACUGCGAACACCGCCACUCCUGUUUCUGACAAGUCAAGCGAGGCUGCCCCAUCCACUGUGGUGCCCCUGGCUGAGAAUGCCACCUCGGUCAAGGAAGAGACCGCCGCUGAAGACGAAGAGACCGUUGGCGGUUGUCCCUGGAACCCCAAGGUCCGCGAGAAAGCCCCCCGUCUCGUCUACGUCCACAACCCCAACGAAAAGGAAGACGAAGAGCGAGUUCGAGCCAAAGUUGAGCAGCUCUGCCUCGAAGAGGAAGCCAAGAGGGCCGCCAUGGGAAUUGAAGAUGACGAGUCCGUCACUGAAGUCGAGUCUUGCUCGCGCUCUGAGUCCCGCGGAGGAUCUGCUGCUCGUCGUCGCUGUCAGUCUCAGUCCUCAUCGCUGUCUCCAAGCCAUGCCUCGACUUCUCGCUCGCGCUCGGUCUCGGCUUGUGGUCCGCGAUCUGGCUCCCCUCUCAAAUCAAGCAUGUCGGUUCACGAAUGCGAUGCAUAUGAGUCCUCUAUGGACAUUGCCUCCAUGGCAUAG